AUGGAGACCUCGGAGAUCGAGGACAUGAUAAUCAAUUGUGUUGCCCUGGGCUUCAUUCUUCAAAUCGAUGAGCUCAUGAUGGGCAUCAUGCCGCCUGAGUGUGGUAAGAUGCUGGAGUCUCUGAAGGGCUAUGCCAAAGAGAACCGGCCCCAGGUCCAUCUUCCGGAGGAGGAAGAGGUCCGUCGUCACAUCAGGGCCAGGAACUGGCACUGCUGGACACCAGGGCUUUGGGCAGCCCUAAUCCCGCGGAGACUGCUCGGGAUGUUGGCGGUGACCUCCUUCUUUGUUGCCAAAUAUUAUGUGGAACAUUGC